AUGCUCCCCAGUCCGGUUAUAACGUCCUCCAGCACUCCCUUUUCGGUCAAGGAUAUCUUGAAGUUGGAGCUGCAGCAGCAAUCUCAAGAGUUCCAGUUCAUCUCCUGUCUCUCUGGUUUCUCAGGAACUCUCCCCCUGCAGCCGGGAGUUUUUCGAACACACUCGCCGCCAUCCUGCAUGCUUGCUCGCAGGGAAAGCCCGAGUCCUAUGAGCUCAGAAAGCGACGAAAGGAUGUCGUACCUCGGAGCGCUCGCAGGACCCGACCGACUGCACUCAGAGACGGGGCUGCCGGUGGAGAUGUUCGGCAAUCCGGCGCAGAUCCAUCCUGUGGAGCUGGAACUGGAGAACGAACAGGAGGAUCGAGACACUAAGCUUGGCGGUGCGUUGCAAGCCGAGGAGGCCGAGAAGCCGCCCGUCAAACAGCCGAGGACCAGGAGGAAGCCCCGAGUGCUCUUCUCUCAGACUCAGGUGUUCGAGCUGGAGCGUCGCUUCAAGCGGCAACGCUACUUGUCCGCCCCGGAGAGAGAGCACCUCGCCGGCUCGCUCAAACUCACCCCGACGCAGGUGAAGAUCUGGUUCCAGAACCGGAGGUAUAAAUGCAAAAGGCAGCGGCAGGACAAGACUCUAGAGAUGGCUGGGCAUCAUCACCACCACCACCAUCAUCAUCACCCACCGGGUCCUCCGCCGCCUCCUCCACCACCAAGGAGGGUGGCAGUGCCGGUGCUUGUGCGGGACGGCAGGCCUUGUUUGACAGGAUCUCCGACUUAUAACACUUCCUACUCAGCUGUGGGAGCUCCGAGCCCGUACGGGUACAACAGCUAUCCGGCAUACAGCUACAACAACUCGGUCUACACAAAUACUUAUUCUUGUACUAGUUUACCUUCUCUACCAGCUUCCAACACCACCGCCAACGCUUUCGUGAACAUGAAUUUUGGAGCCCUGGGUGCGCAAACGCAGAGUCAGUCCGCACAGGGGACGGUGGUCCCUUCAUGCCAGGGGGCUCUGCAGGGAAUCCGCGCAUGGUAA